AUGGACAAAUCACUCAAGAGGGGGCUACUGGAUAAGAUCUACGAGAAGAGGAAGGCGACAGCCAUUGAAUUGGAACGCAUUGUCUCGGAAUAUCUUGAAUCUAACGAUAAGCAACGUUUGGAGACCAUCAUCAAGCAAUUACGGAACGAAUUUGCAUACAACAUCCAUGAUCCGCAGGCCAGGUACGGUGGAUUGAUGGGGCUCGCAGCGGUGUCCUUGGCACUGGGGCCUAACGAUUUACCUAUCUAUCUAAACUCAAUAAUACAUCCCGUCAUUGCGUGUUUUGGGGAUACCGAUCCAAACGUCAGAUAUUAUGCAUGCGAGGCAUUGUACAAUAUAACCAAGGUUGCAAAGGGUGAGAUCUUGGUGUAUUUUAACGAGAUCUUUGAUGUCUUGUGCAAGUUGGUGGCCGAUGUUGAAAAUAGUGUCAAGAACGGCGCUGAUAUAUUGGAUAGGUUGAUCAAGGACAUCGUUUGUGAUAAGGCAACAUACUACGUCUCUAUUCUGAACAACAACUCCAACAAACUACAGUUGAAAGACUCGACCAUCUUGGAUAAAAAUGGAAACUCUCUGCAGUACUAUGAUUCUCAAUCAAAUAAGGCGUUUAGCUUGCCUAAAUUCAUUCCAUUAUUGAAGGAACGCAUAUAUGCAACCAAUACUUAUACGAGGUUGUUCAUUGUCAGUUGGUUGAUUUUGUUGGAUUCGAUACCGGAUUUGGGCUUGAUUUCGUUCUUGCCCUCAUUUUUCGAGCCUCUACUAUCAUAUUUGAAAUCUCCUUUAAAGGAUGUUAGAAUUAUAACAGAAAAUUUCUUAAAGUUGCUAUUAAAGGAAAUAAAGAAAAUCAAUGAGAUCAAAUCAAUUAAAUCGAAUAGGUCAAUCAAAUCAAAUCCAAAUAUCACUAUAUCCAAUACCUCGAAAUCCAUUGAUAGCGAAGAAGUCACAGUUGAGGAUGGUUCGGAUAUUUACAUACCCGGUGAAAAUAUCAGUAUAGACUACCCUAAAAUAAUAGAUAUACUAAUAAACAACUUAGAAUCAAGUGAAGACUUGAUCAAAUCCAUCUGCUUAGAUUGGUUAAUUGAAUUGUUAUCGAUUUCCCCCGAUUCGUUUACCUUGUUAAUACCUAAAUUGGUUGUAAUAUUAUUAAAUAUAAUAUCAAACAACAACUCUCAUCUACAAGAGAUUGCUCUUGACUUGAAUGAAAAGUUGAUGAAAUUGGUGUCCUUGAAUAGCCAAGAAACCAACUACACGACGUUGAUCAAUUGCUUGGCGACAGAAUUAUCAACUGAUGUCAAGUCAAAAUCAAAGAAAAAAUUCCCAAAUAAUGAUACGAAUAACGAUUUGAAUAGGUUGAAUUCGCUUGACUGGCUCAUAAUGCUACAAAAGAAAAACCCUGAAAGAUUCAUGGGCUUCUGUGAUCGUAUAUUUAUCAUCCUACUCAAAUCGUUAAAUUCCUCAAAUGAAAAAAUUAUCAACAAAAUUUUGGACCUAUUAACCAGAAUUUCAAACCAAUCGGACGAUAAGUACUUCAAUAAUUUCAUGGUAGAUCUACUAAAUUUAUUUAAGGAGGAUUACAAAUUAUUGGACUCAAAAUCUGAUUUUAUCAUUAAGAAGAUCUGCAAAUCUUUAAAUCCUGAAAGAGUCUAUAAAUCAUUGUCGAAGGUCUUGUUGGAGAACUUCUCAAGUAACGAUGAAGAUGAUGGUGAAAGUAGCGGUAGUAAUAACAACUUGAGUUUUAUUUCAAUAAUGAUUCAAAUAUUAAACAACAAUUUAAUCAUUUCACCCGAGUUAACAAACUUAAGGAAAAAAUUGAUCAAUCACACCGAUGAUGGCUCAUUCGAAUUGUUUGAAAGUCUAUUUAAAUGCUGGUCUCUAAACUCCCCAUCUCUUUUGUGCCUAACUUUAUUAACCUCAAACUAUCACUUAAGUUAUCAGAUUAUAAAUCAAAUGGUCAAGUAUGAGAUCAAUAUCAACAUUUUAGUCCAACUAGAUCUGUUGAUCCAACUACUAGAGAGUCCUAUAUUCGCCAAACUAAGAUUAGAUCUAUUGGACCCAGUUACUAAUAUCUAUUUAUUUAAGUGUCUAUAUGGAUUGUUAAUGUUGCUCCCACAGUCCAACUCUUUCAAAAUAUUGCAGAACAGAUUAAACUCGGUGUCUUCAAUUGCCAAUCUACCAUUUGCUGAAGUUAGCAAAACUGAGAUUCCAAAUAGAAAGCCCAAUGAUGAAAAAUAUAACAAUGGACUUUUAGACUAUUUUAAUCAAUGUCAAGAAAAACUUCAACAUUUAAAGCUUGAUCCGAUUGAAAAUGGAAAGAACGGGGAUAUUGACGAUAAUAUUAGCGCAUCCCAAAGCGGUGAAAACGACAUAAGUAACAAAUUUGCUGAAAUCUUUCAAAAUGAUCAACCUCUCGAAACAAGUUCAAUUGUAUCAUAA